AUCACUCAGUCACUCUGCAGCUUUGCCUUCUCACAUCUAGUCGUCUUCUCUCCGCGGUCGACUAUUCCAUUUCGCCGGUAAAUUCAUCAAGUGCCCUUUUUUUCUUGUUGGGUUUUCUUUUCUUUGUGGCUUCUUCCUGGAAGCAUAGCCCGUGUGUAUCAAUUUCUUGUUUACAAACGGCAUGUAGAGGCAACCUGAGAGUCGAAAUGAAGCUGAAGGUAGUGUGCCGGAAAGUAUAUGAUUAUGUCCGAUAUGACUUGAAGGAAAUUGCAUUCCCUUCAUCUUUACCUGACCCCCCUCAUAUCAAAAAGCGCAGGAAACUAACGUGGAAGGAGCGUUACCUUGUGUUGAAGGAAGCUUCAAGGCUUUACGCUGCAAGCUGGGUAAGGGACAUUGGCCCUGAACUCCGACCUAAUGACUACAAAAAGGAGCAAUAUAAUGAAGACAUGCCUCAUGAAGAAAAUGGUAUAGCUAAGGAGAAGGAACCCUCCACAUUGGAGGACCUAGCUGUCGCUGCAAGAGGUGGAAUGGAAACUCUUAGGCCUGCCCUGCAGCGGGUUUAUAUGACUAGAGCAUCAGCAUACAGAGAUGCCCUCAAAAGCUUCAUUGAAGGAUAUCAAGAAGGUAUUCAACAAGUCAUGGAGAAGAAGGAAGAAGCUAAUAAAUCUCAAGAAGAAAAGGAUGUUGGUAAAGGAACAUAAAACGUUUCGGUUGUCACAGGUUAUGUGUAUUGAUCCUUCAAAUAAUUGUAUAUGCUAGGACUGUACUGUGUAGUGAUCAACAUUAUAUGCAGGCUAAUGGAAUUUGGUGAAGUGAGUCAGGUGAAGUUUACUUGUGUUUUCUAGCUUCUCAACUUCCAAAAGGAAGCUAGAAAAAAGCUUGAGAGAUUGUAAACAAAAUUUACUUAAAAUUUUCUGUUUCUUGCUAUUAUUUUUCAUUUUUCUUC